GGGCGGUGGAAUUUUCUUCCGGGGUGCGGCCCGCUCGGGGGGUUUCGCUUCCGGGACGGUGCUGCGGGCCCUUCCCACCCCCGCCAGGGGAAGGGGGCAAAAAGCUUUCAGACCUUCUUACUACAUCAGAAGAAAAAAGGAAAACAGCAAGAUACCACCCCCAUUUCCUCCCCUUUGCAUGUUACUUGUAACGUUACAGUAGGGUUGUGCACCUGCAACUGGGACAGCCAUGGAGAAGGGUGGGAAUAUUCAGCUGGAGAUUCCUGACUUCAGUAACUCUGUCCUGAGCCACCUGAAUCAGUUACGCAUGCAGGGUCGCCUGUGUGACAUCGUGGUCAACGUCCAGGGGCAAGCUUUCCGCGCUCACAAGGUGGUGCUGGCUGCCAGCUCGCCCUACUUCCGUGACCACAUGUCCUUGAAUGAAAUGAGCACCGUUUCCAUUUCUGUCAUCAAGAAUCCUUCUGUUUUUGAGCAGCUCCUUUCCUUUUGUUACACCGGUAGGAUAUGUCUGCAGCUGGCUGACAUCAUCAGUUACCUAACGGCUGCCAGUUUCUUGCAGAUGCAGCACAUCAUAGACAAAUGCACGCAGAUUCUCGAGGGAAUUCAUUUCAAAAUUAACGUGGCAGAGGUGGAAGCGGAAUUGAGCCAGACCAGGACAAAGCAUCAGGAGAGACCACCGGAGUCCCACCGGGUGACGCCAAAUCUAAAUCGUUCUCUGAGCCCGCGUCACAACACCCCAAAGGGGAGUCGCCUGGGUCAGGUUAGCACGGUGCUGGAUAUUCGGGAGCUCAGCCCACCUGAGGAGUCCACCAGCCCCCAGAUAAUUGAGCAGAGUUCAGACGUGGAAAGCAGGGAGCCCAUACUACGGAUUAACAGAGCGGGACAGUGGUACGUUGAGACAGGAAUGGGAGACCGCGGGGGACGGAAUGACGACGAUGUUCGGGUGCUGGGAGGAGUACGCAUUAAAACGGAGAACCUGGAGGAGUGGCUCGGGGCAGAGCAUCAGCCAUCAGGAGAAGAUGGGAGCAGCGCUGAGGAGGUCACUGCUAUGGUGAUUGACACCACAGGCCACGGAUCGAUGGGCCAAGAGGCUUACGCGUUAGGGUCCUCCGGCGCCAAAGUGGUCAGGCCAACCAGCAGUGAAAUUGACAGAUUUAGCCCUUCUGGCAGCAUGGUUGCUGUGACUGAGCGGUACAGAUCAAAAAGCGAGUCUCCCGGGCGGAUGGAUGAGCCCAAGCAGCCCAGUUCCCAGGGGGAGGAAUCGGCCAUGCUUGGAGUGAGCGGUUAUGUGGAGUAUCUCCGGGAGCAGGAGGUUUCAGAGCGCUGGUUCCGGUACAACCCACGGCUCACUUGUAUUUACUGCGCCAAAUCCUUCAACCAGAAAGGCAGCCUGGACCGGCACAUGCGUCUCCACAUGGGCAUCACACCUUUUGUCUGCCGCAUGUGUGGGAAAAAGUACACCCGCAAGGAUCAGCUGGAGUAUCACAUCCGCAAGCACACAGGCAACAAGCCCUUUCAUUGCCACGUCUGCGGUAAAAGCUUCCCUUUCCAGGCCAUCCUCAACCAGCACUUUCGCAAGAACCACCCUGGCUGCAUGCCUCUGGAGGGGCCUCACAGUAUCUCCCCUGAGACCACUGUCACGUCUCGGGGGCAGGCAGAGGAAGAAUCUCCUCCACAGGAGGAGGCUGUUGCUGUGGGGGAGACGGCACAGGGAUCUGUGUCCACAACUGGGCCAGAUUGAAACAUGGCUGCAGAGUCUGGGGAGAAAGGACCAUCUUCCCAUUUUUGGCUCUAAAGAGUCAGCACCAACCUGGCAGGCUGGUACUGUAAUUAGUGCAAUGCCACCACUGGACAGAAAGAAGCUCCCAAGAUGUUGCCAAAAUAGAAAAAUCUUUCUCUCUCUCUCUUUCUCUCACACACACACCCCCACACACGUAGAGUGUUAAAAGUUUUUCUCCCUUGUUCCUCCUCCUCUUGGAGAAAAACAAAACAACUGUGUCAAUCAACUUCUUAUUCAGGGAUCAACAGGAUUUUAAAUUUUUUUAAUGUUCCGUAGUGAUCUGGGACGAACAGUCAUUUGUAUUUCUCAACAGCGUUUUGGCCCAGCAGCUAGGUCCCGCUGGCAGUACCGGCCGUCAGCCAUGCAGACCUAGUGAGCUUAGCGUGCAGGGCUGCUCCUUGUCACAUCUGCUGGUCCAGCUCAAGAGGAGAGCAGGGGCAAGGUGCUGUUGCCUUCCUCCAUUCCCCAGGUAGUUGCCACGUUAAAGAAAACAAAGACUGUCCUGGUGGAACCUGCCUUGCCCAAGUGUAUUUAUCCCUGUCUUAUUUUUGGUGUGUCUCUUUUUACCUUUUUACUGAAACUAUUAUUUUAGGGCUUUUGGCUUGCCCGUUCCAGGCUUGCAGCCUCAACGCCCCUUGUUAAAAGCGGGCACGGCUAUAAAGCGGUAUUCUAGAGGUCAGCAAAAUUUGAAGCGCUUCGGCUACUGAAAGUGAAAUUUAGCAGCUGUGAGGUUUGCAGUAGACUCUGAUGCAUUGGGAGAAGGGUUGGAGGGGUCUUUCGGAGGAGGUUGUCCUUUGCUGUUGCUGAUCUGGAGAGUUCAGAGCACUCUGACAUCCUGACUGGUGCGCUGCUGUGCUUCAGGUGUUGCUGAGCAUUAGGAAGAGUUUUUCUGGACUGGCUGAAUUGUGGAGUUAGAGGCUGGCUACCAAAGUCGUCCUUCACCCCUACUCCCCCCUCGACACGCACUUGAUCUUUUUCAGCAAUAUGGUAUACCGAAAUACUAUCGUCCCAGCUGAGCAAUCGUAGGUGGUUGCUUUUAAACAUGUUUCUACAAACUAGUUUGAUAACUUUUUUAUCAAUGAAAUGAAAAAAGAAAACCCUACUUUAUUUCCUCAUAACAGUUCAGGAAACUUAAAAGUGAAUGGUUCCUACACAACUCUGUCCCCUUGCAUGGACUUAACCUUUUGUAUUCUAAGCAGCUCUGAUGUUUAGAGCAAGUUAAGCAAAGCCGGAGAGACAUGCCUGCGUUGUGUAUUGUAGGUGUUUGCACGUGCUUACGUGUUUCAUAACCGGAAAAGCAUGGGACAGGUAGAUAAGUGCAAAUAUCUUGACAUCUUUUGAAGAAGUCUUUUAAAAAAUAUGCAAUACUUUAAGAGUUUUCUCUGGUUCUGAUGCCGAGUUGUUCAUGAUGGAGGGGGAAAAUGAACGACAGGUUGUGCAGACUGGGUUUGGGAGUGGACAUUUGGUCGAAGGAGUUCUCUUGAGGAUGUGUAACGUGUACAAUAAGGAAGGAUGAAGUCCUGAUCCUUAAGGUGAUGGGAGGAACAAUGAGACAUUGAAAAAGGAAUACACUUCAUCUUGCUCUGGCAAAGCAAGGCAGGUGAGCAGUUAGAGUGUGGGCUCGGCAGGCGGGAGACUUAGCAAGUGAAAAUAAAGCCUGCUCCACAGUCUGAUUGCACAAUUUUGGGCACAUGGAAACAUCUCCAGGUCUCACUUUCAACAACUGCAAAAUGGGACUUGGGAUCAUUUUCCUGCCCCUUUAAAGGGAAGAAUUUGGAGAAGGGUGAUGUGUACUUGCCUCGCUUUAUAUAUUUUUCUCUUUUAUAAGUGAGGGGUCUUACUGUUCCUCCCAUAUCUCUCAAAAAGCAGAUGUGGCUCUAAUGUUUUUCUGUGUGGGGGGAAGGGAAGGGCUUGGAGCCAGGAUCGCAUGUAAUGAGGAUGCGCUCCUAAGAGAGGAACCUUUGUAGGUGUUCUGAGUCAGGCACCUGCAAAGUACAUUUCAUUGACCAUUUCAAACAGGAAAACUGAUAUUUCACCUUCGGUUUCCUUCUGUCCCUUCUUCCUCCUCUCCUGUCAAGUGCAUCGUCACACAGUGAAUGAUUUUCUAAGCAGCCACCCGAGGGACCAGCCCCACUGGGUUUCCUGUCGAAGGUCAAACAGGAUUGUACCGAAACAGUAAGGUUUCCAGAGAGCAGUCGGAGAAGAUGAGAGAUAAGAGGGUGGCUAAGGUAGGUUUCAUUGCAAUCGAGGUGCGGAGGAGAGGAGAUGUGCAGAGUAUGCUGCUUUAGUCAUAGCUUUUGAAGUUACCAAAAAUCAAAAAGAAGAAAGUUAAAAACUUUGAAAUCCUAUCCUGUUCACACUAGAGAGCAUCAAAAGUUACUUUUAGUUGCUUAAAAGAUUUUUAAGUGUUUUAAAAUAGAACUUUUAAAAGAAUACUACCAAACUAUAAAAACAUAAAAUUAUUUAUAUACAUAUAUUAUAUAUAAAUAUAGUGGGAAAGUUUCCCUGCUAAGCUUGCUGUGAAGAGAAGGGUGAAGGUGCAGUAACUGCUAUACAAGCAACAUUUUUCUGAAACAGAUGGCAACCGAUCCAUCAAAGCAUAGUGAUGAAGGGCUGACAUAAAAUGGUGAAUGCCUUUAUUUGUAUGGCGUAGCUGUGAGUUUGUUGAGCAGGUUUUUGUUUUACUGUAUCGAUACUGUGAACGGAGGAGCAUCCUAACAGUCCAGGAUGCCAGCAGUGCAUCCUGUUUUGCUGAUUCACUACUUUCAAUUGGCCUGGUGAAAACCAUGAAAUUGGUCCUUCAUAUCAUACUGGGCUAGUCUGAAAACAAAGCUUGUGAAAGGUUUUUAUUUUUUCCUCUCUUUUUUUUUUUGGUGCAGAGGUUGCCACUGUAUAAACGAUCAUUUCUGAAUGCAUGCAAAAGAGCCAAUAUUCUUGCCCGGGCCUCACUGAGGUGAAGUUUAUAGCUUGUAGCUAGAGUCAGUAUAAGGUAUGGUAGUGGGAAUCAUUUUAAUAUUAUUUCUGUACAUUUAAUGGAUGUGUAUGUAUGUGUGGGAAUCAUGGUGUCUCUUAUGUUUUCUCGGACAGCGCUGAAAGCAGUUUAGGCCUAUCCGCACUAGAAGAUGGAACCAGUUCAGAAGGAAUCAUUUAUUAAACUUUUCUUUCAGUGGUUGACUUCUUCAGUGCAGAUGAGGCCAAGGUUUGAGAAAAGAGGGGUUGGAGGUCAUAUAUGGUAUGGAAGAACCUCAUGUGAAUUUUCCAGCAGUGGUGUAGCUACUUGGAGCUGCUUUCCAUAACAGAAUGAUACCAUCUUUCAUUGCCUCUCCAUUGGCAAACCAUAUAGCUCUUUACGGUUGCACCGAAGCUGUGGAGAAUCAGAUGCCAACUUUCCAAGUGCGAAUGCUUCUGUGAUGGGUUGAGGCACAGCUUUGCAUUUCCAUGUCUAGCUGCAGCUUUUUCCCCCUCUGCCAAAACUGUGAUUUCAACUGUGAUUUAAGGAGGAUGUGAAGAGAACUCUGUCGUAUUUUAAUACCUCUGUACGUAACAUUUCUGUCUGCUUCAGAGUUGGGGCUUACUAACCCAUUUGUUUGCUUGCCUCAGGCAACAGGGGGAACAUACUGUUUCUGCGGUUUUCUUUCCCAGAGGGGGAACACAUUUCUUAGUUCUUUGCUGCGGCAGAGAAACCUUCUAAAUGUGAAGUGUUGCAGUUAUCUCUUUGAGCCUGCAGAAAGCCCCGGUGCCAAGUCACAGCAGAGUGACGUGACGGUUCCCGUGGCUGUUCCCUGCUGCUGCCAGGUUCCCUGUGAAUAGCUGUGAAAAUAACAAGAAUUGUGUUAAUACUGUGCUGCUGCUUUGGUGAAAAGCUAAACCUCUUCCUCUUGGGAGGAUGACCGGUGUGAAGCUGGGAGAGGUAAAAAGCAGAAGGUCUUUUUGCUCUCUUGCAAUGGGAGUAUGUGAAAGCAAACCGUGCUUUUUAUUUCCAGCAGCUAGAUAGAGAGGAAUGAAUGAGGAGGCUUUAUGAAAUGUGAAUUUAUAACAGGAGGCUGAGAACACACUUAGAGCCGCUUAGUAAGAUCCAGGGAUAUCAGCCUGGUAGGAGUCAGAGCAGCCAAUGCAGAUGAGCAAUCCCUCACUUGUCCUCCCAGCAUUGUCUGGCCAUCAGGUUCAGUCCUUUGACUUACCUGCAUCUUCUCUACAAUAUUUUCAAGCUGUGAUCUGUAUAAUGUAACUUUCAGAAGUUUGGGUGGCUGAAGGGCAGGAAGAAUAGAAAGCGCUUUGUGUCUCUGCUGCUGUUUUAAAUCCAGCCGAGGUCGGUGGUGACUGACUGUUCCCAUCUGACAGCUCUUCAGAGCUGGAACUGCAUUUGGAACAAGCUGCGAUCUUGCUGAAAAGCGUAGUGGGGCAGGCUUGGUGGGGAGGGCACAGAGCCAGGAUUUCAGCCCUCUGUGAGAUCAAGGUUGAAAUAAAUGGACAGGACAGAUCUCGCUGCUUGUCCUGCUCUUGUUUUGUGACAGCUAGAUGACUUUGUUUUCCAGGGCAGGCCGUCCCACGCCUCUACGCCGUAGUAAUUUCACUUAAAAGCGUGAUGCCCAGUUUGAUAAAUGAUGCUAAGCAGUCCAGUCUUCAAGCAGAGUUCUUCUGCCGCCUUUGGGUGAUUCAACCCUAACAAUGCAUUUGCAAGAGCAGAGUUGUAGCUUUUAUUUGCUGCUGACUUCAUCUCUCCUGCAGAACCCAAGGUAUAAAUAGAAAGACAGCUGAAAAGGUGCACUUUAUUUGGGUGGAAGGUAGCUUGUGAGGUGGAUGGAAUCAUGCAUCUUUAAAACCAACAAAAAUUAGCACCCCUUAAACUUAAUUAUUUAAACUUUAUAAAAUUCACCUCUUUGAUCCAUGACAUGCCUGCCAAUUUAGCCGUACCAGCAGCCAAGUGUUUCUGCAGAUGAGUGACACCAAAUGCUGUUCUUGCUCUACUGGAAAUAUUUUGGGGAUGGGAGAAGUCAAGGAGCUGUAACUCAGGAAACUUCUAAUUUUUGUCAAGGUUUGGGCUCCAAGUUUCCCCUGGGAGCUGAGCCCAUAGCCAGGGCUGCAGUCAGAAGGUCUGGGGUCUUUUGAUGGAGCUGCUGCUGACCACCAGUGUAGCCUCAUCUGACGAUAACGAUAUUCUGAGAGAUGAGCGUUACUCCUGUCAUGAGGUGAGAUCCAUGCACAGAGCUUUGACGUCUUCAGUGGAAGGUCCUAAAGAGGAGCUAAGUAUCUUUAUUUUAAUCAUUGUCAUUCAAAGGAUAUUUUAAUAUAAAAUACAUACAUA